GCUGCCAGAGAUAUGUGUCAGUUGUAGGUCUGUGAGGCACGGAUAAGAUCGAGAAAACACCAGCAGUUUUUUCUCUUCACAGCGGAGGAUUUGGAUUGAAUGUUAAACAUGACUUUUGAGGAACUAAGUGGAGAUUACUCCCAGGAAAGGAUGGAUACGGUGGUCAAAGCUUUAGAAGAGGUCCUGACCUCUGCCUUGCCACAGGGCUGCAUCACAGUCGGUGUUUACGAGGCAGCCAAGUCCCUGAAUGUAGACCCUGAUAAUGUGGUUCUGUGCAUUCUGGCCACGGACGAUGAUGACAUUAAAGACGUGGCGCUGCAGAUCCACUUUACACUCAUCCAGGCCUUCUGCUGUGAAAACGACAUCAACAUCCUGAGGGUGAACAACACCAGGCGCCUGGCAGAAAUCCUGGGAGGAGGAGGGAAGCAGAGCGGGGGCGAACCUUUGGACCUGCACUGUGUUCUUGUAACUAGCCCACUCUCCACAUCCUGGAAGGACCCGGCUCUGAGCAAACUGAACCGGUUCUGCAGAGAGAGCCGCUGCAUGGACCAGUGGGUUCCCAUCAUCAACCUGCCUGAGCGCUGAAGCUGCGAACACUCCACACCUGUCCAGAAACUGCUUGUGUCUGCACAGGAGUGCUGGAAACCCAGACCAACCACCCGUCUGUGUGGGACGUCACCAGUUUCAGAGAAGUUCCCCUUUGGACCGGGCUGUUUGGAGUUUACAAUCCAGAAGAGAUGCAGAGGGACUGUCAGAGGUGGAAACGAUACAAAAAAACUAAAAACAAAGAAAGCAUGUGUGCUUUUGAAUUUUCAGCUCGUAGGAUGUGCAGACGGAUUAUAUCAUAAAUGUUUGGUACCGCRUCUGUGGCGAGUCCAGAGAAGUGGGGAGAAGCCAGAACACGGAGCUGCUGAGCGGACCGAGCCUCUCUCUGCAGAAACCCAGAACUUGUUGAAACACUGGACCUUCUGUGACUUGAUUCAAAGUGUUUGUGUUGCUGUUGUCAUGGUUUCUAAAGGGAAAGGGUUCCACAUCCGGUGAAGACGUUCUGUGUUCAGCGUUCAUUUUCCAGCUGGUUCCUUUGUUACUGUUUAAGUUAUUUUUAAUUAUAUUUAAGCAUAUUUAUGUUCUUUUUUACCGAUUUGAGAGAUCUGAAACGAAGACACUUUGGUUUUGCUGUCAAUAAAAACCGUUUUGAACUAAA